GUUUAUUGUUAUUCCCGUCGGUCGGUCGGUCGGUCGGUCCAUUUAAAAGUGUAUUCUUGACGUGUGUCCCCUUUGCCGAUCCGCGCGGGUCAGUUUGAUAGCAUUUGCCGCUCGCACGCCACGCAUUUCACGCCACGACACGCACCCGGAACGGAUUCGAGACGAUAUUCAAUCAGCCACCACAGCACUGUAGUAUAAUAUUGUGUUGAAUUCACACAACAUCAUAUUGUUAAACGAUCGACACGUUUCGGCCGUCGGUCGCGGUUACCGGACACCUUUACUGUAUAAAAAGGUGCAAUAAAUAUAUUAACAUAAAUAUAUUAAAUAACUGUCCCGCGCGAUUGAUUUUCAUUGCACGGUUCUUUUUUCGUCUUCUCGGAGAGGUGAGACUCGGCUCGUCUUCGGCGGGUGAUUGGCAUUUUCGUUUUUUUUUUUUUCCCAAUACAUAUUUUUUUUGUUUUCACAAUCCGCCACGCACCGUUCGCGGGGCCCGUCGUACGAUUUAAUAUUAUAAUAUCACAUAUUUACGAUUUACGUUCAGUAUUUGUGUAAUAGUGCGCUUACCGAAAGUCGAAAAGUCGAUCCACCCCAUCGUCUUCCAAUCGCUGCAGUGGACCGCGGACGAGGGCUGAACGCCGCCGCCGUCUCUUGGACGUAACGUGGUCGUCGUCGGAUGAUGUUAAUUGCGCGGCCCCGGUCGUUGUUGCAGGGAUGCAGGGAACGGUAUAAUCAUUGUUGUAGCUACUUCAGCAUCAAUCCGCCGCCAGUCGUCACGCCAAGCGCCUAAGACGAGCGCAAACCGCACGGUAAUAAUAGCCGACAACAAUUAUUAAUAUUUACAUCCGUAACCUGCACCGGAACCAGAUUUAAGCCCACGAGUAUUUCGACAUCACGAUCAUGAACUGGUCGCGUCUGUGCUUCCUGACGGCCGUGGCCACGUUCGCCAUGUCCGGCGUUUGCGGCUCUUACAUACUGGAAGACACGCCGCUCCACUGUUCGGUGCGCCGGAGCAUAUCGCCUUGCACGUGCAGUUACUUCACCGGCAUGGUUCGUCCCAAGAUCAUGGUCAUCUGUCAGAAAAUGGUGUCGUUCGAGAGCGUUAUCGGCGCGCUCCAGAACAAGUUCGACGCGGUGUUCGAUUACGUUCUCAACAUCGAGUAUUCGGAACUCCACGACCUGGACACGAGGCGGUUCAACGAGCUGGGCUUCCCGAUAGUCGACCUCAAGCUCACCAAAAAUAAUCUCAGUACGCUACCGGAUGAGGCUUUCAUUGGUAUGAACAGGAUACGGAUCCUGUACUUGUCGGACAACAGACUCUGUGCAGUUCCCACUCAGAUAUUCAAGCACAUGCCCAGUAUCGAGGUAUUGGACUUGGCCAGGAAUUCCAUACACAGUGUUGCUUCUGGAGACUUUCAAAGUCUGUCAUUGAUGAAUACGUUCGUGAUGGCCACGAACAAUUUGACCGAUAUAACGAAUGGAUCGUUCCCCACGACGUUGAGGAAAGUCCAAUUGGCUGCUAACAAUCUGACGGAAUUAAACGGAAAUUUGAGAAAUCAAAAAGAACUGGAAUGGCUGUACUUAUCUAAUAACCGGAUAAAAAAUCUCGAUGGAGAAUUGCCAAUUGACAACGACAGACUAAUAGUCUUGGACCUGUCCAAGAACAGAUUAACUCAUUUGCCACCAGAGCUUAACUGUCUCAAGGCGCUAAGGUAUUUUUACUGCGCAUUUAAUCAGUUGACCGGAUUGAACAAAACAUUGUCUAAGUCAAGAAAAUUGGUUUGGCUUGAACUCACCGGUAACAAGAUACAAGAGUUGGCGUCCGAUGAAUUCGAAGAAGCAUCGAUGAUCGAAGUGUUAGAACUCAGUAACAACUGCAUAAAACACUUGAACAAAUCGUUAUUGCCACUCACUCAACUAUCCGAAAUAAAUUUGUCCAACAAUAAAAUCACCGAAUUUUCGUUGACUGAAAUUAAGGGAUUAAAAGAACUUAAGUUGGUCGAUUUGUCACACAAUAUGAUUUCCAAACUCAGUGGCCAUUCUGACAUUAUAAAUGAACCAGUGACUGGAAUUGAGCACUUGAAGUUGGACCACAAUGAGUUGGAGUCACUCGGUGGGUCAUUGAUAGGUAUCAAAACACUUGUCAAACUCAAUAUCAGUCAUAACAAAUUUACCGAUAUAUCACCAUAUGAUCUGACCGGAUUAAAUUUAAAAAUCUUAGAUGUAUCCCACAAUCUAUUACAUAUACUCCCCGACUCGUCUCAGAUUCAUUUACCGGCUCUUGAGAUGUUAAUAGCUUCAAACAACGUUUUGACUGGUUUGUCAAAAGACUUCCAAGGAUACCCUGUACUUUGUCACGCCGAUCUCGAGUUUAACAGUAUAUCGACCAUUCAGGAAGAGCUGGUCGAAAUGACCCAAUGCAAAUUGCAUGGAGUGAAUAGCACGUUGAGAAUAUACUUGGAAGGUAAUCCGGUGCUGUGUGACGAUAACACAAAAACCAUAACGAAGGCGAUGGAGUUGAAAUACAAUGCUGAAGUUAGCGGUACCGCCAAGUGCAUUCCCGUUACAAACGACAUAAAAAUAUCUAACCUAACCGAGAUCGACCAAUCCCCAAUUACUGUGAUCGUGACAUGACGAUGACCAUCAUCAACUAUACGCGUAUUAUAUCUUUGAAUUAAUAUUAAUUAUGUUUUCAUGUUAAUAUUAUAAUUUUUAUUUAUAUAUAUAU